AACCGAUCCUUGACAAAACCCUGCAGAAUCACUGGGGCCAAGACGACCCCAAGAGCGUCUCGGGGGGCCCGCCGUAAAAUGCUGGAAUCCACCUCGAUGCUACGCGGGCGUGCCGGCGGGACUCGCCGCAAUCAAGUGGCAUGUGUCGUCGAAAGCGCCAAAUAGCCGUCAACCCUCUUGGCCCAAGAUGGCUGAAGACAGCCCACGACGGCCUCCAGAAUAGCGCCAUAUGGACGAAGCCAGCCUCAGAUGGCUUCUGCGUGCCAGCUUGUGAUUCACAAGAUACUGGCCUCCCCCCUCCGGCGGCUGGUGAAUAAGCCCCCCCGGGCGGCGACACUUGUUUUGAGCCACGCAUGGCGGGCAGUGGCCAGGGAUGAUCAGAAGCUGUGCGGCGCGUCCGAGCGGGAGCGGACUUCCGCGGUGCACAGCGCAAUAUCUUUACUGCGGACGGCGCAAAAGCUGAUUGUGACCAAAGCGGCCAGGCUUGCUGCUGGCACACACUGUCUGGGCCGUCUCGAUCCCUGCCCAGCCCAGAUGGCUGGCGGCCUUUUGCCUUUCCUGUGAUGGCUGCCUACACCGAGCAACUUGCACCCAACGCAGCCAAGGUGAAAUGCGAGCCAACCGCACAGACAAAGCUUGUUGCGGCUGGCAAUCAAGUGGGUCGGUAAAACGACACCGAUCGACACAGAGGCCUUUAACUGUAGACAUGAAUUUGGCCACUAGAACAACUGGAUCAACUUUCGAAUUAUCUGCAUCAGCUGCAAGGCUUACUCGACAGGCCAGCCAGGGGUACCCCCACGAAACGAGCCCUUCCAAAAAUGCACAGACCAUCCGCUCACAUUCUGGGCGCUGAACUGAUUUGUGAAGAAUGCCCACAUCGCAACCUCCCCCUCCUCAGACCAACUGUACCUGUCAGCCACAUGUGGGGACGUCUCCAUGCCAAUGGACAACUUGCUGCCCCACCGUGCGAGUUCUGGACUCACCGCUGCUUCGAUCCAGGCCGCUGGGUAUGACCUAAGGGACACGCAACCUCCUGGCGAGCUUUGUUGGCAAGGUGCGUAAUAGGCCUGGAUGUCGAGGCUGUCUGCGGAGUCACCCACCAUCGCCGUUUCAGCCGGGUGCUGGUCGUACCACCAAUGACCAAGCGAGGCGUGCACCUUCAGACCGAGAUUAACCGCCUUCCUCGUGGCCUUCUGGAACUCAUCUCUGGUUUUAUCGGAGAACUUGUCGGCGGUGAUGCCAUCCUCGAUGUUGAGCGCCACCCCCCGCAUCCAACCCUCCUCGCAACUUGGUUGCUCGCACGUAAGACCAUUUCCACCCCAAGCAAGCCACGAUUUGUAAUGGCCUAGCGUGCCGUCCUCCGCACCCUCGACACCAACAUUGUCUGAUGUCAUAAGCGCAUACACGCUCUUGCCGCUCGCCUGGAUCUGCUUCACGGCAUGGUACAGGGUGGGGAAGGGCACAUGUCCAACGCACCAUACAUAAUAGUCCAAGAACACUGUGUUCACGCCCUGGGCAAUGGCAAGUGCCUGGACCUGCGCCGUGUCAGAAGGAUCGAAGACCCGAAAUGCGUCUCUUUGUGCGGCGUCGCUCGCGCAACUUACGCCCGACGAUGAAGCCCCUAAAACGUCGUAGUUCCAGACGUACACGCUCGUGGGCAGGGCACAUGAGCCUCGCAGGACGGCGGAGAGGGCGGGCCACAACAACCAGCACCGCAUCAGAUCGAACCUGCAGAACGAUGCCGUGCUAAAUGGGGUUCCCUCACCGCUCGCUGCUGCCAGGUCGCGCCACAAGGUGGACUCUUGAGCCAAAAUG